AUGUUUAAAAAUGAGGACACAAAACUAAAGAUCCUAAAGUUUAAUUAUUCAUGGGUUGAUGCUGUGGAGGAGGAAGAGAGACGUACAGAGAAAGAACAACAACAGAAAAGACAGAUGAAGAAAAAGUUGGAGAAAGAAAUUUCAGAAGAGAAGAAAGAUGGCAACGCAAAUGGCAACAGAAUAAAAAUCAUGGACUACAGUGCAAUUUUGGAUUUCGGAGACCACCCCGUCACAGAUGUGGACACAAAACUAAAGAUAUUAAAGUUUGAUUAUUCGUGGGUUGAUGCUGUGGAGGAGGAAGAGAGACGUAUAGAGGAAGAACAACAGCAGAAAAGAGAGAUGAAGAAAAAGUUGGAGAAAGAAAUUGCAGAAGAGAAGAAAGAUGGCAAUGCAAAUGACAACAGGUAUAAAACACCCUUAGACUUUGGGGAUGAGGCGGUUAAAAAUUGGGAAACAAAGCUUCAGAUUCUCAAAUUUGAUUAUCAAAGGGCAGAUCAAGUGGAAGAAGAGGAAAAGGCCAAAAAUCAGGAGACAAAAGCAGCAAAGGAGAGAGUUAAAAUGGAGGAAAAUAAAAUCAAGGAUAGUAUCAUUGGAGGAAAAAACCAAACAAUUGCAAAUUCUCCUAGAGCGAGGCUAAAAGCUUAUAUGAUAAUGCGAGAAAGAGAACAAGCCAAGGCCUCAGUUGAAAAACAAAACAUUAAGAAAGAGGAGACUGCAAAAAGAAUUAAUAAAGUGGUUGAGAAAGAAGUCGGAGAAAAUAAAUCUGGUGGCAAAGAUGGCAAGGAAAAAGUGGUUGGAAAUGACAGAAAAAACCAGGCAAUUGCAAAGUCACCUAGAGCUAAACUAUCUGCUUUCAUAAGAAAACGCAAAGAAAGGGAACUGGCAAAGGCCUCUCUUGAAAAAGAAAACAUAAAGAAAGUAGAGACUGUAGAGAGAAAGGAUAAAGUGGUAUACAUAGGAGACAGAGAAAACAAAAUCGGUGUCAAAGAAGAUGGCACGGCUAAAGAAAAUGAAAAAGACGAAGUUGGUGAAAAAACUAUGGAUAAGAAAAUAACAUCUCUGCAGGAUGAACAUUAUUGCAAUGAUAUACCUAAACUAGUAGAAGCAAUGGAACUAGAAGUCAACAAGGGUCAGAAGAUAGCCUUUACGGAUGAUAAUAGUUAUGGCAACGAUGAUGAUAAUGGUGACGAUGAUGAUAGACUGUUUGGGCCAAGAAAACUAUUCUUCUUUGGAAUUGACUUUUUUAAGGAUGCUGGAAAAUCUGUCUGGUGAAGAGAAGCCGGAGAGAAAGAAUACAACAAUUAAAACCUGUUAGAACAAAACGAUAUUUUAAA